AUGAAGUUCGGCCAUCUGUUCAAGCAAACACUCCGGGAUGAGGGCUUCCCGCCAGAGUGGGUCGAUUCCGCCAUCUCUUACUCGCAGCUCAAGAAGUGCAUCAAGAGGCUUACCGACGAGCUGCAGCAAGUGGGCCUUGAUCCUGCGACCCUGUCCAAAUUGUUGAAGCAUGUCGAAGACUACAACGCCUCUACACAAGAAGAUGAUGAACAAGAAAGACCAUUCGAGUAUAUCCUCAACCCCGACAGUUCUAGGGAUAAUGCCUCGCCGUCACGGAAGGCUUUCCAUCCAAAGUUACUCUUCUACGUAAACGAGACAAGUGGAGAGGUCCUGAGCGCCCAGCUGGAUGAUGAGACCAGGCGCAAACUCCAGAUGCUGGCCGUUGAAACUGGCAUGUCUGAUUUGCGCGUCUUGGACGAUUCAGGCUCGCCAAUGCAAUCUGCCAAUUCUGUAGAUCCAGCCAGUACCAUGACGACCACCCCAACAAAUAGCUCUCGCAGCCGACCCGGUUACCGUACAGUCGAGGUUCCCAUUACCUCGGACACCGAAUUUUUCACCAGGCUUACCAGUGAAGUCACAGGGUUGGAGAAACUGCAAGAGCGCGAACAAAAACGAAUGAACCUUCAGAUUGAAGCGUUAGGGAAACAAGUUGCCAAGUUGACCAACCCCGACCGAAGAGCCAAUAGAAAGAUGCUCACUACUUGGCGUCAGAUCUUCCAGAUAUACGUCGAGGAGGGCAUUUUCUUUGGAACAACGGAGAUUGAUCAUAAAUCGCAUGAUUCGGAAAAGGCAAUGGCAAGAUUGGCUGGCUUCUCAAACAAGAUUGCUAAGGCCGGUCUGGUGGAACAGUUGAAGAAGAAGGAGAACCUGCAAGCGCUGAACACUUUUAUGCACAUCAACCGAGAGCUUCUCCAAGGCCUACGAUUCGGCGAGAUCAAUCACAAUGCCAUGAUGAAGAUUCUCAAGAAAUUCGACAAACGCACAGCUUUGGGCGUAAAGUCCACGUUCCCUCGUCAAGUAGAGUACCCAGAGUUCUCAGAACAUCUCGCCAAGGCCGUCUGCGCCGAAGUCAACACACAGAUCCUCUCCCACGUCCCGCAAAUAGAUGACUACUCGUGCCCCAUGUGCAUGGAAAUUCAAUGGCGGCCCGUAAAACUCAGCUGCAACCAUACCUUUUGCAUCAGGUGCUUGAUCGUCAUGCAGAACAACAAGCAGUACAACUGUCCCUUCUGCCGAGAGAAGACAGUUUUCGAUGCAAAUUCAGACAACCUGGAUACCGAACAAGCUGCCUUUCUCAAAAAGUGGUUCCCAGAAGAAGUCAAGAACAAGCAGCGAUACAAUGAGCUGAUGGCGGGUGUGGAUCAGUAUGGAGAGGUGUAUGCGACUGAAAAGUGCGUUGUCAUGUAA